GUGGGCUGGUGUAACCAGGAGGUUCCUACCAGUACAAUGUUAAUGACUUGCCAAGGCGCGGACGUGAUGUGAAUGUGAUGGUGUAGCGCCACCCCUGGUAAGAGCCCGGUCACAAAUUUUUGGCAGGGCCCUCUUUAAACAGCCCGUGACAAUUUCCUGUGCGGCUUUCGUUUUUGGACACGCGAGGGGUACUGUUGCCGAACACAACAACAAGAACAACAUCAUCUCUGGAGCCCUGUGGCUGGCUGGUUGCCUGCUUCGCCUGCCCUCCUUGCCCAGGUAUACACCCAUUGCUGCUGCUGCUGCUACUGCCUCGAUCUGCUGGAAAUGUCUGCAGAGGGCUCCCACCAUGGGGACAGCGACGGGAAGGAGGACGCAGCCGAGACGAGGAGAGACACAGAGCCCACGUGUUUGUUCUGCAAGAUAGCCAAUGGACAGCAGGAGGAUUGCGAGCUCGUGUACCAGGAUGAGCAUCUAUCGUCAUUCCGAGACAUCCACCCCGGGGCUCCGCACCACUACCUGGUGGUUCCGCGCGACCACGUGGGGAACUGCAAGUCUCUACGGAGGCGCCACGUGGCGCUGGUGAACGAGAUGGUUCGUGUUGGAAAAGAAGUCCUGCAGCGACAGGGCGUGAGCGACCUGUCUGACAUCAGGCUGGGAUUCCACUGGCCGCCCUUCUCUUCCGUGACUCAUCUGCACCUCCACGUGCUCGCCCCGGCCAGCCAAAUAGGCUUCUUGCGGCUCGCCUACAGGCUCAACACCUGGUGGUUUGUCACGUCUGAUCAGUUGAUCAAGAUACUUGAAGCCUUUCCAGAGGAGUCGGCAGAGGAAGGAAGCAAGGCCCACUGAGCUCAUCACUUGUGUACAAUCCACGCGCGGUGAUUACAUACAUUUAAAGCUAAUUCGCUUGGAUAUAUGGAGCUUGUUUCCACACUGCUGCUGGCUGAAGGACAUGUGCUGAUCAUUAAUUAUUGCUGCUCUUUGGUGAAUUAACAUUGUUUUCUGUCGAUUGUAAACUCUCGCAUUAAAUGUAAUAUCGGCGAUGUGCCUACCCAA